GCAUGUUCUUACCACAAAUCCUAGUUUUUACACGCCUUCUCCUCUCUGCCAGCUUCGAAUGCAUUAAACAACCACCAAGUUGCUUUGAAUUCACAUGCGAAGUCGUCACAAAUCUCCACCAAUUCGUCGACGGACGCUAAAUCCCAAGUCAACAUCUCUUGCCACUUCAUGUGAGUUCGUCAUCAUUCCCAAUUCAGCCCCAAUGGAUUCGGAGACGCAGGACCUAGUGGAGAAGACGCCGGCGGCGACGAAGGCAGAAGGGUUGAAGUGCGGCGAUGGUGGUGCCGGGGCUCUGUCCAGGAUGGUGGUGGAGCCGGCGGAGUGGAUCCGGAUGCUGUGCCGGGAGCUGAACGGCAGCUUCGUGUUCGGGGUGGUGGUGGUGUACGGCCUCAGUCAGGGCUUCGCUAGCUCCUUCUUCCGCGUGGUGUCUGAUUACUACUGGAAGGACGUGCAGAGGGUUCAGCCGUCGGCGGUGCAGUUCUUCAUUGGCCUCUACUACCUCCCCUGGAUCAUGAAGCCCGUCUGGGGCCUCCUCACCGACGUCGUUCCCGUCCGUGGUUAUCGCCGCCGCCCCUACUUUAUCGCCGCGGGCGUUCUCGGAGUGGCGGCGACGUUCGUGGUGGCGACGUUCGAGCGGCUGGCGGUGGCGGCUGCGCUGCUGUGCCUGGUGGGGAUGAUGGCGGGGGUGGCGAUUGCGGAUGUGACCAUCGACGCGUGCAUCGCGAGGAACAGCAUCGAGCGGCCGGGGCUGGCAGCGGACAUGCAGAGUCUGUGCGGGUUCGUGUCCUCGGCGGGGGCGCUCGUCGGGUUCUCCACCAGCGGCGUCUUCGUCCACCUCCUCGGAGCUCAGGGAGCGCUGGGGCUGAUGGCGUUGCCGGCGACGCUGCUGAUCAUUCUCGGAUUCGUCAUCUACGAACACAAGAACGCCCACCUCUCAGCGAAGCCAAAGGUAUGGGAGACGGGGAAGGAAGCAAUCGGAGGAAUGGCGAGAACGAUCCAAUUUCCAACGGUUUGGAAGCCGUCGCUUUACAUGUUCUUGAGUCUGGCGCUCAGCAUCAGCACCCAUGAAGGCCAAUUCUAUUGGUACACCGAUCGCCGUGCAGGACCAGCCUUUUCCCAGGAGUUCGUGGGGGUGAUCUACGCGAUCGGGGCGACGGCGUCGAUGGUCGGCGUCCUCAUCUACCACAAGCUGCUGAAGCACCUCCCCUUCCGGCGCCUCAUCUUCUUCGCGCAGCUCCUCUACGGCUUCUCCGGCAUGCUCGACCUCGCCUUCGUCCUCCGCUGGAACCUCAAACUCCGCCUCCCCGACGCCGCCUUCGUGGUCCUCGAGGAGUGCGUCUCCCGCGUCAUCAGCCGCCUCCGGUGGAUGCCGAUGAUGGUGCUCAGCACCCGCCUCUGCCCCCGCGGCAUCGAGGGCACCUUCUUCGCCCUCCUCAUGUGCAUCGACAGCCUAGGCACCCUCACCUCCAAGACCGCCGGCGGCCUCCUCCUCCACUUCUUCUCCGUCACCCGCACCGACUUCCGCCGCCUCUGGCUCGUCCUCCUCCUCCGCAACCUCCUGCGGAUCGCCACUCUGGGGCUCAUCUUUCUCGUGCCCAGCGCCGACCCGAACGACCCGCUGCUGCCGCCGGAGCUCAUGCUGCCUUCGGAUGCCCCUCCUCACAAUUCCGGCGGCGCAGCGGAGGAGGCCUUGCAGUUGGCGGAGCUCACCGAUGACACUGAUACCGGCGGCGAAAAAGUGUGAUCGAUCGAGUAGCGAUCAAACAACACAUUUAGUUAUUUUUUUUCCAAUCAAUUAUGAAAUUUGUUAAUUCAUAUCAAAUGGAAAUAAACGGCAUUUUUUUCCUCUAA